UUAAUUUUUUUUUUCCCUUUUUAUUUCUUCCUCCCUCCCCCCAAGUCCUCGAUUUUCAACCUCUUCAUUAGCAGCAUGAAACCGAAACCUCAGCUCUCUUCUUGAACCCAGGUUGUUUUUCUUUUCACGUGGGCUUGCUUCUGAGGUUUCUGCUGCUUGUGUUCAUCAAUGGAGAUGGAUUUGGUAAAAGAAAAUCACCAUGACAGCAAUGACAAUGAGGAUAGAUCUCCCGAACGUUCGGUUUCUCAGGAUACUUCUGAAAUAUGCGAUGAGUUUUUAGAUCCAGAGGUUUCUCCUCGAGUCGGUGAGGAAUACCAAGUUGAAGUUCCUCCUCUAUUGUCGAAAUCGGAUAUAAACUGGCUUCGGAGUUACAAGGAGGCAGAAACUCAGGCUAAUGACCUCCAAGAGUUUUUUGUGGGAUUGCCCGUUCAGGUAAUGUGGAUUUCCGAGGAGCUAUGUGAAGAUUCGGUAGAGAAAUACGACAAAAAUGAGGUCUUGAAAGCUGAACAGAUAGUCGGUGAUGCAAAGUUGAACAUUGAGGCAAUGGAGAUGAUGGCAGGUAGUACAAUAAUGGUCGGUAAAGCAGCAGAUUUAGCUUUACCGAAAGAAACUGCGCUUGCAACAGAUCAGAAGGAUAAUAUCGAUGGUCGAUAUCUGGUUCCCGGUGUGUUCGGUGAGCCUUGGAGUAGUAUAGAAGAGGCCAGCUUCCUGCUUGGUUUGUACAUAUUUGGGAAAAACCUUGUUUUGGUAAAGAAGUUUGUUGGAAGCAAACAGAUGGGGGAUAUUCUGUCGUUCUACUACGGAAGGUUUUAUCGAUCUGAAAAAUACCGCCGAUGGUCUGAGUGUCGGAAAGCUCGUGGCAGAAAAUGCAUCUAUGGACAGAGAUUGUUUAAAGGUUGGCGACAACAGGAAUUGGUUUCUCGGUUGCUUCUUCUCGUACCAGAGGAUUGCAAAAAUUCAUUAACGGAGGUCACAAAAGCGUUUGGAGAUGGCAAAAUGUCGUUCGAGGAAUAUGUAUUUGCGUUAAAGGCUAAGGUUGGAUCGGAAGCUUUUGUGGAGGCAGUGGGAAUCGGGCGAGGGAAGCAAGAUCUUACGUGCGUUUCGAUGGAUCCUCUAAAGUCGAACCAUGUUACUUCUAUCCGUCCUGAGAUACCUAUUGGGAAAGCAUGUUCUGCCCUUACUCCCCUAGAAAUUGUCAACUAUCUAACAGGAGAUUUCAGGUUGAGCAAAGCCCGAUCUAACGAUCUCUUCUGGGAAGCUGUUUGGCCCCGUUUGCUUGCUCGGGGAUGGCACUCCGAGCAGCCGAGUAAUGGUUUUACCACUGGUACAAAGCAUUCAUUGGUCUUUCUUGUCCCGGGUAUCAAAAAGUUUUCAAGGAGAAGGCUGGUAAGGGGAAACCAUUAUUUUGAUUCAAUUAGCGACGUCCUCGGUAAAGUUGCUUUGGAUCCUGGACUGCUCGAGCUCGAAAACAAUGUCGAUAAAGGUUGUAAGAGCAAGGAAGAAAAUGGGUGGACCGAUGACUCGAAAGUAGACCACGAGGACUUUCCUUCUCAACAACGCCAUUGUUAUCUCAAGCCAAGAACUCCAUCGAGCAGCGAUAUUGUGAAGUUCACCGUCGUCGACACCAGUCUAGCAAAUGGAAGUGCAACCAAAUUCCGAGAACUUCGAAGCUUACCAGUCGACGUACUAAGUUUUUCUUCCCCACGAUCUUAUUUCGAAAAUAAAUACCUAUACUCUCCGAACGGAUCAUUGGAGGAAUCUGAUUCGGAAGAGGAUCGCCAUUCCGACAAGGCCGAGACUGUCUAUACUUCUCAAGCUUCAAGGAGAAACAAGGACCAAAUGGUCUACUCCAAUGGACACUGUUCUCCAGCUGAUGUUUCAAACCAAGUGCUUCCACUUAGUGAACUAGAUUCUACAGAUUCACAUGCAGAAGUUUCGAAGGACCGCAGCUCCUUACCGUUCGAUGGCACUCGACCUCAAAACGGUAUUAUGAACCAGUCUAGCCAAAAAGCGAGAUCCGACAACAAAAGGAAACCAGCUAAUGUUACCAAAAAACGCAGGAGACUAAAGGCUUGUAGUUCGAAGUCGACGAGUACUGUUUCAGUAGCUUCGAAACCGAAAGAGGAGGACGCUGUCUGCUGCUCUAAAGAUGGCGCCAAUACUAGUAAGAACGUCCUCCCCGGUGCAGCUCCUUCUCAGAAGAAAUCUUCUGAUUCAUCUGGAUGCAGUCCCAUAUCUAGCCUCGAUGGAAACUCGAAGGAUAUCGACCUCAAUCAAUCUCGUACCUUAAUAGACUUGAACUUGCCAGUUCCUCCCGACGCAGAAAUCGACGAACCUGUUGUAAUGGAAAUGCGAGAAGGUCAGCCCGACCAAACGGGCAAGGAACCAGGGAAUCCUCGAGCAGUUAAAACUUCUGAAGCCCCGGACACGUCUGAUCAGCAGCUUCAAACAAAUUCAAGAAGAGUCGGUAGCCGAAACCGACCUCCGACAGCUCGAGCGCUAGAAGCAAGAGCCUUAGGAUUGUUGGACGUCAAACAUAAGCGAAAGUAUAAGGAUUCAUUUCUGGAAGAUAACUCGAUGAUGAGGCCGCCACCGCAGCGUGCUCGUCCGAAGGUGAGACCUACGGAGAACUUGGGACUUAGCAUUGAAAAAUUCAAGAUUGAAGAUAGAGCAGUUGUUAGCUCAUGUAACAGUAACAGUAUAAGCAAUAGCAAUAGUAAUAGUGAGGUGUUAUCUUAAGCUUGAAACUUAGUUCCUGGAAGAAGGAUCAUAGCAUCUAAUUAAGCUUCAAAACAAGAGAUUUACUUCUUGG